AGGACAAAAUAAGGGCGCGCGAUAAGAUUACUUGAGCGGGGACAACAAGCUUUCCAGCUGAUCGAUUCGUCCGCCUUUUUCAACACAACGGCGAACAGUUUAAUAUCGAAGUGCAGAUACAAGUAUCUCCCAACAAGUAAUCUGGAGAUCACGAUCUAUUAUCGAUAAUACAUGCAUUUGCACGUGCAAGAGCAAGCAUAUAUAUAUAUAUAACCAAUUCUAAUUGUAAACAACUGUUGUCUGGGCGAUGUCCUGGUGGUCGAGAGGCGAAGAUGGCGAAGAAGCCAUGUGUCAGGACACGGAAUCCGACGUGGCAGAAGCGAAGGAUUGUGGAAAAGUAAAGGUUAAAUGGACGCAGGAAGAGGAUGACAACCUUAAGGCGCUGGUUCAAAAAGUGGGACCUGCUGAUUGGAAAUGCAUUUCAAACUUCAUACCGAAUCACACUGAACAGCAGUGUCAGCACCGGUGGUUCAAGGUUCUGGAUCCAGAUCUAGUCAAAGGACCAUGGACAAAAGAAGAGGAUGAGAAGGUCAUAGAACUGGUCCACCAGUAUGGGAACAAGCAGUGGGCGUUGGUUGCCAAACAGCUGAAAGGCCGCCUGGGGAAGCAGUGUCGAGAGCGCUGGCACAACCACCUGAACCCCGACGUGAAGAAGUCAUCCUGGAUGGCCGAGGAGGACCUGAUUAUCUACAAGGCCCACUGUGUGCUUGGAAACCGCUGGGCGGAGAUAGCCAAACUGCUUCCUGGAAGGACGGACAAUGCCGUAAAGAAUCACUGGAACUCCACCAUUAAAAGAAAGUUGGAGAUGGGCUUCUUUGCUGGGGCGGUCUUCAAGCCAAAUGAGUAUGAGGAGCUGUUGGCUCGUGCUGAUAAAGACUUGCAGAUGCCCCAUAGCUCUGAAGCGGACAAGGAGCCAGCACAGAAAAUAUCUACCCAGGAAAUUAUGACUCCAACUGACCGAAAAUGUGCUCAAAGGAUAGCAGCUCCUUCUGUGGAUCCUCAUCCUCCUUCUUCGUCUUCAAAGGAGACGUUGAGCCCCAAAAUUGAGCCUGACGCCUCAGCAGAAACCAGCUGGGUGGUGGACAGCUCUGGCUUCCUCUCCCCCACCGGCCCGGUGUUAAAAGAAGUGAUGGACAUGGUAGAUGGGGACAUCGAUGGUUGGUGCAACCUUUCGGCGUUUGACCUAGCUGAGGACAGCCAGAGCCCCGAGCGACACCAGUUCCGCCUGGAAGGCAGCGCUCUGCAGGAGCUCAGCAAGGGCAACAAAGGCGAGCUCAUCCCCAUUUCUCCAGGGGGCAUCACGCCGCCCUCCAUACUCCACCGACGGAGCCGCCGCCGCAUCGCCCUGUCCCCUGGAGACGGCAACUCUAUGACACCCAAGAGCACGCCCGUCAAGAUCCUGUCCUUCUCUCCCUCACAGUUCCUUAACAUGUGGACAAAGCAGGACUCCCACGAUCUGGAGAAUCCGUCCCUGACGUCCACACCGGUAUGCAGUCAGAAGGCCACCGUCACCACCCCGCUACAGCGAGACAAGACGCCCCAAAUCCAGAAGGAAAACUCUGUGUUUAUUACACCAAAUCACAAGUCAGAACUAUGUACUACUCCACGAACCCCGACGCCAUUCAAAAAUGCCAUGGAGAAAUAUGGUCCGUUGCAGCCUUUGCCUCAGACUCCUAACCUGGAAGACGAUCUGAACGAAGUCAUGCUCCGGGAGGCUGGGAUUGAACUGGUGACGAUCCAGAGUACUCCUGAGCCUCGCCGUAAAUCCAUGCAUCGACCUCCUAUGAAGAAAGUGCGCAAGUCUUUGGCGCUAGACGUAAUCGACUGUAGGAAGACACUAGCCACCAAACUCAAACCUAAUAAGCCUGAACCAAAACGCUCCACACAGGCGGAGACUUCGCUCUCCAUGACCCUGGACCUGUCGUCUUCGUUUUGCACCAAGAGGGAUGAGAACGUGUUGGACCAAGGCUUCCUCAUGGAGCCCAGCGAGUGCAUGCCCCAGCCCUGCUCCCUGCCCCUUAAGCCGAUGUCAAAAGACUGGGAGAUGGUCGUGUGUGGAAGAACCAAGGACCAGCUCAUAAUGACCGAGAAAGCCAGACGCUACCUGCGGUCCCUCCGAUCACGAACCGCAAACCGCGCGCUCAUCCUGUCCUAAUUGCCCUUCUUUCUCUCUCUAGACUCUCUCCUUCAAACUCUUUUAAUUCCUCCACAUGCCAAAACGAAGUCACCAUCGUCC